AUGCGGUCCGGCGCCGGCGGCCAUCAUCGCCGGGCCGGAGGGCCCAGGUGCUGCCCGGGGGGCCCGGGAGGGCCGGUCGCGGAGGCCCGGGGCGCCGAGCUGCUCUGCUGCUGCUGCACCUGCACCACCGCCACCGCCGCCAGGACGCCGGGCGUCCUCGCCAGCCUUGGGGUCUGCGCCCUGGUCCUCGGCUACACCCUGCUCGGGGCGUUCGCCUUCAUGGCCAUCGAGGGAGGCCUCGGAUCGGGCCCGCCGCGCGGGACGCCGUCCGGCUCUACGGGGCCGUCGCCUCCGGUCCCGGGCCUCGAGGACGAGACCGCGGCGACGGUGUUGAGGGCGCGCACCGUCGAGCGGCUGUGGAGCAUCACGGAGGACCUCAACGUGCUCUACAAGGAGAACUGGACGCGGCUGGCGGCGAGGGAGGUCCUGGAGUUCCAAGAGCGACUGGCCCGUGGGCUGCGACGGCAGCCCUCGGCACGUCCGCCCGCCGGGAGGCGACCGAAGGACCCGGAGGAUCGCCGGUCGCGGAGUCGGGGCUGGACCUUCGGCGGCAGCCUCCUCUACUCCCUGACGCUGAUCACCACCAUCGGUUACGGCGGAGUGGCGCCGCGCACGCUGUGGGGCCGGCUGAUAACCAUCGUCUACGCCCUGGCGGGCAUCCCGCUCAUGCUGGUCUACCUGAGUACCGUGGGCGACGUCCUGGCCCGCGGCUUCCGGAGGCUGUACGGCCGCCUGUGCCGGCCGCGCGGCCGCUCCGGAAAAAGGCAUCCCCCGGUCGGCCCGCCGCCCCCGCCGCCGCCGCCGCCGCCGCCGCCGCCGGCCCCGGGCGACGCGUACCGCUACGAUAACCACGUGGAGAAGGCCGGCGGCCACCCGGACUCCCGCGGGAUCCUAGGGCUGGGGCUGGGCGGCGCGGUGCUCCUGGACUGCGGCAGCGAGGGGCUGCUGCAGGCGGCCGGCGGCUCCUCGACCCUACGCGAGCUGACGGCCGGCGGCAGGCGGCACCCCUGCCACCCCUGCCACCCCUGCCACCCCUGCCACCCCAACCAUCCCUGCCGCCCCUGUCCGGUGCGCGUCCCGGUGAGCGUCUGCCUGGGCAUCAUCCUGGCCUACGUCUUCGGCGGGGCGGUCAUGCUGAACCGACUGGAGGGCUGGAGCCUGCUCGAGGGCGGCUACUUCUGCUUCACGAGCCUCGGGACCAUCGGCUUCGGCGACCUCGUCCCGGAGGGCCGGAACGCCCCCACGGCCACUCUGGAGGAGCUCGGGCUCUGCGCCUGCUCGGUCUACAUCCUGGCGGGAAUGGGCCUGAUCGCCAUGUGCUUCAACUUGGUGCAGGAGGAGGUGGUGCGCGUCGUCAGGGUCCUCGGCAGGACGUGCGGCGUCUCCGGCUCGCCGGGUUACGGCGCGGCGAGCGUCGCGGCCGGCGGCCCUGGCGACGUCAAGGCCUCGCUCAACGAUGUCCUGGGUGCGCCCGUCGAUCUCGGGGCGCCCGAAGAUGUCGGGCCCGACGAGCCCGAGGACGAGGGGGAAGGGGAGCAGGAGGAGGAGGAGGAAGAGCCCGCGAGGAGCCCCGCCGACGGGAAUCUCCCUCCGGGCCUCCACCGGGUCGCCCCCGGGCUGACGAGCCUGCGGAACGCGACGAACCCGAAGCUCUCCCCCGGCAGACACUCCCUGCCCCGCAAGAGGGCCGCGACGGAGGCGACGCCCGGAAACCCCCGCUUCCUGCGCGGCCAGCCCCUCCGAAGAAGCGGCCUCUCGCCGACGAGGCAUCCGCAGCGGGGGUACCACCACCGGCAGCCCCAGCAGCGCGAAGGCUCGGGGCCCCUGGAGUACUUCGUGCCUCGGAGCGUUAGCGAGUUCGACCUAGCCGCGGCGGCCGUCGCCGACGUCGCCGACAUCGCCGUGCCCGGCCCUCCGCCGCCCUCCGCCCUGCGGCCCGCGGCCGCCGCGAACCCGGACGCGGCCGGCGCCUCCGCUCGCAGCCGCGAGAAGAUGGUCACCUUCGAGGACGAGGGGGCCGGCUCCCGGAAGGGCGGCCCGGGCUUGGAGAGCGCCUUCAUGUGA